UAUGAGCCCGCAAUACUUUAGAUAUUGCGCACUCAUACAUUGAGGUAAGUAACCGCUAGUCCACAUGUGAGCCUUCAGUUUGUAUAUCCUCGAUGUGGUCGAUGUCGAUGUCUGCAUGACUCUUUGAUAUUUUAUAAUUAAAAAACCUCCCAAUAAUCGCAGUUUUGAUUACGUUACGCUUAAUUACAGUUAGCUAAGUAUAUUAUCCAAGGUAUGCCGCGGAGUAGAAGUCGUAGCCGCUCUCCCCGCGGCAGAGUUUUUACAGAACGUAGACGUAGUCGGUCACGGUCAAAAGAAAGAAGAAAAGAUGAUCGCAGACGGAGUAGAUCCAGGUCACCAAAGCGACGAAGACACCGCUCUUUUUCUAGAUCCCCUUCCCCAAGAAGACACAGAAGAUCACAAUCUCCGAGGAGGAGAAGGUCCAGGUCGUCAUCACCUAGACGCUCCAAAAGAUCACGUUCAAGGUCUCCAGAUAAAAGGAAAACAGAUAAAAAUGAUAUCUCAACAGAAGGUGACAAUGGAACAGAAGCUGCAGUAGAUGGUGUAGAGAUUCCUAAUGAAGAUGAGGAGGCCAUGAUGAAAAUGAUGGGAUUCUCCAAUUUUGAUUCAACUAAGGGUAAGCAUGUGGCUGGAGCAUGUAAUUCAAGCUAUACCAGUGUAAAAAAAGCUAACAAAUACAGACAAUAUAUGAACAGAAGAGGAGGGUUCAACAGACCACUAGACUAUGUUAACUAGAUAGUCCUUGUUAUUUUGUACAUUCAAUUUUCUUAGGGCAUUUAGUAAGUGAGUCUGUCAUGAGUUUCAUCCAAAUUUUUCUUUUGGCCAGAUGCUGUAGUUAAGUUCUAACAGAAACCUAAGACAAAAUAUUUUCAAUCCUCCUUGUUUGUUGAAUAUGUUUUGUAUCACCUUUUCAAAAUAUUUUAACUCCUUAAACUCUCCAGAGUUUCUUCCAAAUUCCAAUGUGUUAUGGAAGAAGCAGGUAGAGAAAAAGAGACAAACCUGUCAGCCAAACUGCAACUUUCCUGACUAAUUUAAAGAGAGAAGUAGUAGGUGUAGUCAGGUUUGUGUAGUUAAGAGGUUGAUAUUCUACCCUUUCCAUUUGCUGUAUUUCAAAAUCCAGUUUCUUUGUUGUUGUUUCUGUUUCAAACUGUGGUACUUGUGACUACUUUUUCUUUUGUGAUAUACAUGCCUGAUCUCCUUGUCAUAAAUUUUUUUCAAAGCCAGCAUUGUAUACAACUGUAUGUUAUUUUGAAAUACAAACAAAUAAAGCACUUCUGCAAGCUCUGA